GUGGCGCUCCAUGUCACCUGUAGGUCGUGGUUAUUCUUUGUUAUGACAGCCAAUCACGAUCCCGGCUGCAACCAUGAAACUUAUGUUUUAACCAAUCAGCGCUCGUAUGGCAACCGCGAAUUAGCCAAUCAGCGCUCGUAUCGUAACCGCGAAUUUGCCAAUCAGCGCUCGUAUCGCAACCGUGAUUCCCCCCAGUAACAACAAGCAAUUAGCCAAUCAGCGCUCGUAUCGCAACCGUCAUUCCGCCCAGUAACAACAAGAAAUUGGCCAAUCAGCGCUCGUUCCUUAUCCGUGAUUCUUCAUAGUAACAACAAGUUAUCAACAACAAUUGAUAACGUCAAGAACCCCCGGAGACUUGCGGAUCACGGCUGAAGAAGAAGAUAACAGUCAUCGAUUAAUUUCUUACCAACAUUUGCAAUAUGGAACCUCGCUUCAGGAGACGGGCUGAUGGCAGCCUGAAUCUGACGGAUACAGUGGAAGCGUCAAAGGUGAAGGAAGCCAACAAAGGAAAGCCGUACACAAGACCCCUGCCCCCGGAGAAAGUGCUAGACAAAGCCAGGAAAAGUUUAAGUGAGCACCACGGAGAUCUGUCUAACAGAAAGCACCUGUUGGGUUUCUUUGAAAUCCAAUUUGGUGUAUUUCGUGGGCAAACAUUUAGGUGGCUGGCUGAAAAUGCCCUGGGGUAUGCUGCUUACCUGGUGGCAGCUAUGAAGAGGGACCCCACAGGAGGCAGCAAAGACUCCCAAGAACAUGCCCACAACAAGGGGAGUUUCAGGGAGUAUAUUGAGCUCUUUCCUUCUGGCAGAGUUGCCAUUGCCAUGAAGGAAGAGCAAUAUGCUGGAAAAGCUCCCCAGCAUGCUGCUGACUCCCAGCACUCUGCCCCUACAGAGUUCACCACCCCCACGCAGCAAGCUACCACCACCCAUACUUCUACUGCAUCUCUCCGCUCCCUCUUGGUAAGAAAGCUGCCUAACCAAAAAAACUUGAACAAGGCUGUAGAAAGACUGGUUUCCCCCCUCAAAGUCGCACCUUCUUUGGCCCAGGCACGUGCACGGCCCUCAGCCACCCUCACCUGUCCAGCUGUGUCCCUUGAGACAGCCACAGGGCCCUCAGCCACCCUCACCUGUCCAUCUGUGUCCCUUGAGACAGCCACAGGGCCCUCAGCCACUCUCACCUGUCCAGCUGUGUCCACUGAGAUAGAUGACAGCACACUGCUGGCAGAGGCAGCUAAGUUUGAGGCAUCAUAUGUGGCAUCAAGACGAGUUUGUCUUCCGGCUGGAUGGACACACACCCUGCCUGAAGUGGACCAGAGGUGGAUCUCCAAGGCCCUGUUCAGGUGGACAGCACAGGGGCAUCCCGAGCUGGUAUUUAGUAGGGUGAACAAACUUUGGUGGUAUCCUCCACCCGUGCCACUGAAGACCAGCAAUUCUCCUUCCUUGGAGAAUUACUUUGGCCAUCGCCUGCUGCUCUGGAUGCCACGAAAACUGUGGCAAGUGAAGCUGACUUGUCCGCAUCCAGACUGUCAAAAAGAACUUCUGACCUCAGCUGGCUUGCAUCAAAAGAUCAGGCAGGUGGUUGCCAUGGGUGAGAUGUACUUUGUUGCAUCUGAGUACCUGGCCUGCCGAAGAUGUAAGAGGAAGGUCAUCAGCUGGAGCCAUGAUCUCGUUUCCCAGCUCGACAUUGGCCACAGGGUGCUGUUCCCUUGCAUUCUUACUUCAAAACUUGCAUGUGACUUCGAGGUAGUAACUUUGAUGCGUCAGCGCGGGCUGGGAAACAGCAGCAGCCAGAUCCAGCGCAAGCUACAGGAGCGUCAUGUUGAUGUCUGGUUGCAAAAGACAGUCCAGUAUCUGACAGAUUGCAAGGGGGUUGCCAGUGCUGUCACGACGAGCCUGAUCCUGCCUGUGACAUUUGAACCUGUUCCUUCAAUGCCUUCUAUACCCAAGCACCGAUGGCUGAUGCAGGUGUACGCCCAGGAUGUCCUGCAAAGGCUGGAUGAGGUCAAGGCCACUAUAACAUCACAAUAUGGUCGAAUCUUAAAAAUGGAUUCUACCAAAAAAGUGGCCAGAAAACUAGCAGGACGCAGCUAUGGCACUGCUACUUGGGCAACUAAUGUUGGCAAUGAGCAUGGACAGGUGAUCAUGUCCGUGCUCACAGCGAGCGAAGGUUUUGGUCUGGGGCCAAUGAUAGAAGGCCUUAUCAAGCGAUACAGAGUGGCUGGGGUGGCUCCUCCCGAAGUGCUGUAUGUCGACCGAGACUGCUGUGGCAACACUCUUUUGAGGAGGAUGUUUGAAGAGUGGGAGCAAAUGACCAUCCGGUUAGAUGUCUGGCACUUCAUGAGAAGGUUUGCUGUGGGCUGCACCACCGACUCACACCAGUUAUAUGCCACUUUUAUGAGUGGCCUCAGCCAUUGUAUUUUCAUGUGGGACCAGGUCGACCUGACUGCCCUGAAGACAGCGAAGCAUGCAGAGCUAGAAGCUGAUGGGAAACCAUCAUUCGAGGCUGAUGUGCUACGCUGUAUCAGUCGUAGCGAGCUAGCGCUGCAUUGCAGGAGAACCACUCGCGGGACCAAAGAGACCCUGGCAUUGAUUGAGAGCCAUGUUCAGGCCUUUGAUGGAGAUGCUGGUCGUGACACUCUGGGAGUCCCACUAAUAAACUCAGCCCGCAUGAGAGAGAUUUUAAAGUCCCAGCGGAAGCAUGUGGCCUGCAUCCAGGAUCCUGUCGGUGUGCAGCUCUACAUGCAGACGGGUACUGUACUGAAGGGAGGGCACCGCCUGCCAACAUACCGCUGUGCCAGAGGUUCCACUUCACUUGAGUCAUUUCACCUGCACCUUAACAGAUUCAUCCCAGGCACGCUGGCAAGUGACACCUUCUUUCAGGCAUAUCUUUUGGAUGGGCUUGCAAGGUGGAAUGAGGACCGGGCAGUGGCAGCAACAACUAAUCAGCAGCAACCACAUUCCUACAACCAUCUACUGCGUCAUGCGGUCAACACUCUUGCAGAGGAGCUCAUGGGCAUGAAAAUCAUUCCUUAUGUUGGGCCAAGAAAGUACACUGGUGAGCUUAUUGGAGUGGAAUAUCUUUACCAGCAAACUGGUAAAGUUCUGCAGGACUACAAGUUGGCCAUUGAAGAGUCAGAGACUACUGAGGUUGGUAUAGAGGUGGAUGAAGGUUAUGCUGAACUUGAGGAGUUUCAGGACAUCACUGUCCCCACCUUUGACACUGAACGGACACCUGCUGCCUCUACACAAGCAUCAGUGUCUGCAGCGUCUGCAGCAUCAUCUCCAACUCCUCCAGCAACCAGCCCCACGUCAUCACUGUUUGUGGUCCCUCCAUCACCAGUGUCAUCUCCUGUCAGCAGCUCACUGCAAACUCAAUCAGAUCUAGCACUCUUUCCUGGAGCACAUAGCUUGGACCGAUUAUCUGCAGAAACGGAUCGUCCAACAUCGGAAGAGAACACUUCACAUGAUGAUUCGGUUGGACCUGAUAAUAUUGAGGGGUAUGGAGCCGUGCAGGACUUGGCAGAGUUUUUGGUUAGCCUCAGAGACCACCGUCUGGCUUUGUCAGGAGAAGAGUGCAUCAAGAUCAUCUCCUUAUGGCAGGCAUUGGGGGAGUAUGACAAGAAAAAGACCAUUUACCCACCACGUCACCAAACCCACCUAAAACAGGGACGAUUCAGGGCCACUAAGAAGAUUGUGGCCCCAGGUGUUGAGAGCACCAAAAGGUGUUUCGUUGGGGCUCAUAGUCCUGCACAGUGGCCUGACUGCAACCGAGUGGUGGAGGCCAUUUUCACAAGGCUCUGUGCUCUCUACCCAAACGCGGUGCGCUGUGAGGGAGUGAGGGUGUCCCGCUUCACUGUUGUAGCACGUGCUUACAAGCACAUCCGUGAGUGCAUCCUCACCAAUGCUAAGGUGAUGAGUGAGACCACCAUCCAGCUCCCAGAAGUGAACGCUGCAACAGUCACACAAUGGUUCAGCAGGCGUGGAAAGUCACAGGAACAAGAGAUUUUGAAGCAGGGUAUCCAAGCCCCAGAUGCACCCAUGGCAGGACCCGAGACGCUUCCUGCUGCUCUGCAGAAAGGACCAACUCUGUAUCCAGGCAAUUUGGCUAAGCCUCACCUUUUUAUCCUGCCACCAAACACUGCUGGGAAGGCAAAACUUAAGGGGAGGUCGCAACCCCAGGCCAUCUCCCAGGCUCCAGCAUCACAUCAAGGCCUUCCUGUCAUUGCACCAGCACUACCCGUCUCUCUCCCUUUCAUUUUACCAUCUGUGCAGCUUCCUACAGUGAUAGGCACUUGCGCGCCAUCCACUACAGUGCCAGGUACCUCACAGGUGAUGUUCUUCAACCUCCCAUUACCUUCAGUUAUGCCACCAUCAGCUCAGACACCGACAUCCGGUCAAGAUGUUCCUUACUCCACUCAGCAAUAUAGAAAGAGAAAACUGGAGAGGGAGCGCACUGGAACUGUCACAAGAAAAUAUGUGAAGAAGACAGACGUCAUUCUUUGCAGAAAGUGUAACAAAGAGAGAAAGCCACCAUCACAUCUUCAGUACUUUGGCAACUGGUUCUGCAAAGAGUCUGAGACUCAAUCAUAUGAUGAAUGGAGGGCUGUGCUGCAGGAACGAGGUUAUAGAAGAAAAAAAAAGGGAAAUGGCAACCCUCCAGCUUCUUAAAACUGCUAUUUCAGCACAUUAUAUUUUUAUUUGGUUAAUGUUUGCUUUAUAGUGCAAUUUACAAGUCUCCCACAAUGACAGCUGUCUCUAAAAUGUGUAAUUACUGUGUGUUUCCUCUGCUGCAUGCCUCU